UGACAACUCCCACCCUGACGUCACCGUCUGUUGACAUUCUGUACCGCCAUCUUAGGAAGUGCCGGGGAAAUAUAGGACAAUAUUGUGUGUAUUGGAAAUCACGGGGCAUACAAGCCACAUUUGGUGGAUCUUGCCCGAGAGGGCAUAAGAUCAAGAUCUGAGGUACAGUUCUGCUUACUGACGAGCACCCACAAGUACUGACAACGAGACGGGGACUGUGGUGUCGGCGGUUCCAUCAGUAUAUAUGCCAGAUGCAUGACAAAAUGGCAUAUGCUGAGGAGCCGUCCAGUUUGGACUACAUCCAGCGAUCGGAGCUGUACCCCAAGAAGUUGCUGGUGACAGAAGACGCUGCUCUGCAUGUGCCUUUCCCGCUCCUGUGUGGGGAGGCUGUGGAGUUCCUUGGGCAUAUCGACGAAGGCGUGAUCGCCCUAUCCAACUUCCGGCUCCUCAUCCGCUUCAAGGACAGCUUCAUCAACGUGCCGCUGGGGCUGGUGGAGAGCGUGGAAUGUCGUGACAUAUUCUACCUAUAUGUGUACUGCAAGGAUGCUACGGUGGCCAGAUGUGCGUUUAGCGACAACGAUUCCUGUCAGUUAUGGUACCGUCGUGUCAGUGAGCGUGUGGCCCCACCCAGGGAGCUGAAGAGCUACUUUGCCUUCGCCUUCCACGCCUGGUGUGUCGACCUCUGCCCUGGGGGGCUGGAGCUUGAUGCCUGCUAUCAGCUUUGUAAACAAGAUGAGAAUUUCCACUUCUCAUUUGGAAAGGAGGUGGAAAGAAUGAAGUUUAACUUGAAGAAUAAGACAGCAUGGAGAAUCACCUAUCUUAACGAGUCUUAUGGAGUGUGUCAAUCGUACCCGAAGUACCACAUCGUCCCAGCAGCCAUCACUGACGAGCAGCUGAAGAAGGUGGCGAGCUUCCGAGCUCUGGCCCGUUUCCCCAGUGUGGUUUGGAGGGACCAGCGUAAUGGAGCAGUAUUGGUGCGGUGCAGUCAGCCCGAGGUUGGAUGGCUGGGCUGGCGGAAUCCCGAGGACGAGGCCCUUCUGCGUGCCAUCCCUCUUGCAUGCUCCCAAAAUCCUGGCUCGUACCAGCGCAGUAUUGCAAUUCUUGACGACUGCAGCUCUUCAGAGAGUGGGUCACAAAACGGAGGUAAGAUCCUGGAAAUGCAUCAUGCUGGGGAUGAAAGCCUUGGAGAAGACAAGAGAAUGCUGGUGAUCGACUGUCGGUCGUACAGCGCCGCCUUCGCCAACCGAGCUAAGGGCGGGGGUCUGGAGUGCCCAGAAUACUACCCUAACUGUGAGAUCCAGUUCAUGAACCUGGCCAACAUCCACUCCAUUAGGAAGAGCUUCAUCGCACUCCGCACGCUCUGUAGCAGUGGGCCGGACCAGGUGAACUGGUUUUCUGGACUGGAGAACUCCAAAUGGCUUUUACACACCUCGUGUCUCAUGAAGACUGCUAACAUUGCGGUCAGCUCCAUCGACAAGGAGGGGCGGCCGGUCCUGGUCCACUGUUCCGACGGCUGGGACCGCACCCCUCAGAUCAUAUCUCUGGCAACACUCCAGCUGGACCCCUACUACAGAACCAUGGAGGGUUUCCUGGUACUAAUAGAGAGAGAGUGGCUGGACUUCGGACACAAGUUCGCUGACCGCUGCGGUAACGGAAUAAACAACGAGGAUACGAAUGAGCGAUGUCCUGUGUUCCUUCAGUGGAUCGACUGUGUUUACCAGAUAUACACGCAGUUUCCUACAGCUUUCCAGUUCAACGAGGCCUAUCUGGUAAAAUUGGUGCAGCACACGUACUCGUGUCUGUUCGGUACAUUCCUUUGUAACACGACCCGGGAGCGACAGAAGGAGGAGCUGGAGAAACGCACCGCCUCUGUCUGGUCACUCCUCAAUCUCAAAAACAAGCGAUUCCUCAAUCACCUUUACUGCCCCACUAUAGAGCAGCAGGUGCUGUAUCCCUCAUGCCAUGUAAGAAGUGUCAAGCUUUGGAGGGCUGUCUUCUUGUCAAACAACUCGUCCUCGAUGGGGCCAGAAGAAUGCGCUCUUGACAAACCUUCACUCGUCUCCGAACCUGAGCACUGUAGCUUGCAGAAGACGAGAUCAUGUGAGAAUUUAGCUGCCAAUCAGGAAAUGACAAUUUUAGCUAGUCCCAGUCGUAGAAAAAGUGACCCAAACAUCACCAAGGAUUUUGUAGACCAAGCGCUUCACUUGGCGCCGAAAGAUACGGAGCAAAACUCCAGUCGUACCAGCAUUCCAAAUUCUGUCAAUAAAGACGACACAGCACCUGUUGUUAUGAAUGGUGACUCAAGUUCAGUAGAAAACGGACACGAUAGUGAAUGUUGUGACAAAAACGAAAAAGACGUUAACUACAGAAAUGACGAUAUCGUGCGUGAGAUUCAAAUGAAUGGAGAGAGUGAUUCUACAGAAGAGGGAGAAAAUGACAAAAAAGAUGACGAAACGGAACGCCAUAAUAGAGACAGUGGAGUGGAGGAAGAAGUGGACGACAAAGGGGAACAACUCUCACUGAUAAACGAACAAGAAGUGAAGGGGAAACAAAUCUUGACAAACGGAUAUACAGGCGAGGAUUCGACGAUGGUUAAUGGUGAAAAUGUGAUAAGUAAUGGACAUAGUAAUGGAAUUGAGACUGAGGAUAAAACGUGUCAAACAAUUAAAACAGAUAGCGACGAGAAUUUAACACGUAAGACGGGGUCCCGCGAGCUCGUAAUAGAGAGCUCGACAGACACCCUGUGUGAGGAGGACGGCGAGCAUUGCCGGUGUAGCGCGUCGAGUCUUGCUGACGGACCACACGGCAGAGUGUCGUCAUGUAGCCAAGAAAAUGUACACUGUGAUAGGGAAUGUAGGAAUAUCAAGACCGUGAACAAAAUAAAGUCGCUGGAGAGCUGCUCGAGUAUCAGUACGAGUACCAGCGACAUUAGUAACUCGCACGUUCACAUGGACUGUCUGCGCCAGGCGGCCAACCUUCUCCACCUUCAGCAGUGUCUGUUGUCACAGCCACCCGCACUGCGGCUCGACUGUGGAUCCAACGGGUGCGGCAAACUAUCCAGUAUUCCAAACGGAGGCUGUCAUUCCCCUUCCACUCAGUUUCCGACUCCUGUCAGCUCUCAGACCCCAAACUCGACCUGCCCUCCCACACCCGGCACUGAUAGCAAGUCAUCUGAGGUACCAUUACAACGCCAUCUGAGCGGGAUCGGCCGCCAUCUCGAUAUAGACGGGCUGACAAUAUUCAAUGAGCCUGUUCAACAGAGGAUGCGCCAAAUCGAAGCUGAUUAUGAACGCCAAAUUCUGGCUUUGAAGUCACACCUGGCAAACGCCCAAGCCCUGAUAUUACAGCACGCCUCGGCCUGCAGUGGGGCAGGAAGGUGUGCUAUGGAACUAGCCAAAGAUGAAAUGUUGUUGCUGCCUGAAGCGACAGGAUAUGGAGACUUCCAGUCCCUCGGUGGGUGUAGUAACGCUGCGUCAGACGUCAGUUGGGAACAGAUCGAAGACACAGAAUCUAAAAUGGUGAAAUGGGUCCCUGACCAUGCCGUUACUCACUGUGGUAACUGUGAUCUUAGCUUUGGCAUGAUUAACAGGAAACAUCACUGCAGGAACUGCGGAAACAUCUUCUGUCACGAUUGUACGAACUACUACACAUCAAUCCCUCAGCAAAAUCUCAUGUCCCCGGAGCGAGUCUGUCAAAGUUGUUACAAGGUCCUGCGGUACCAGGGCGGAAGAAGCUCACUGGAGAACGGGGUCAUUGAUGAGCGACCAAUGGCCGCCGCCGCCUCAAAUUAACGGACGAAAUCUAAAACAAUUAUUUGGCAAACCUUUCCACAGCAGAUUUAUUAUCAAAUUUCAGAAUUUGAAGUCAUUUCCUGGCAUAUCUAUGUGUUGUUUUCUUGUUUAGAUAUACCGCUAUGUUUACUCAUUCACCCCUGAAGUUUCAUAAUGAACUAUUCCAUCCUUUGAAUUGGAAGAGUUCAAAUGUGUCUUCAGGGGUGGAUGAGUUAAUGGUUAAGGAACAUUUGAAGGCAAGAGAUUUUAGAAUGCUACAGAUCUCCGUGUAUAAAUGUUGCUGUACUAGCUAACAAAUGGAUGCAUAAACAUGUACCAGAACAUUUGGGAUUUUGUUGAAAUUUGAAAUACCUAAGACUUUGGUUUUUAAAUAAAUACUGGUAGGAUAACACUGAGAAGGUCUUUGGUUAUAAACAUUAGAUUCAUUUAUUUGUUAUUUUUUAGAACAAUUAAUUUUUUCUUCCUUUGAUUUUGUAUGCAGUAACUCCUCAGAUAUUUCCUUUUAAUAAAAAGAAAAUUACAUACCAUAUACUGUAGACUAAAAUAAUCUUAUCAACUUAUGUGUAUUAUUCUCAACAUGCAGAUUGGAAUAUUCAUUAGUUUAACCCUUUCACCCCUAUGUAACUUAGUAGGCUCUACCAUGCUUUGAUCUGGAUGAGUCCAUUAUGGUCUACAGUGGUGAAAGGGUUAAAAGAUUCAGAUAAAAAAGGAUUUAAUAAAAUUAUCAAUACUGUAAUGUUAAAAGAAUAUUACUAUUGUAAAAUCCUUAUUAAUCAACAAAACUGAAACCUUUAGCAAAAUAAUUGAAAAAUCAUAUUUAAUAACAUUUACACUAGCAAAAUUAAGUCUGGUAAAAUACAAUAGACUAGUAACAAGUAAUUAAGUCCAAAGCUCGAGAUAAAUUCUAUUAACUCAUUCACCCCUGAAGACACAUUUGAUCUCUUCCGAAUCAAAGGUUGGAAAAGGUCAUUAUGAAAUUUCAGGGGUGAAUGAGUUACUGUUUGUAAAUUCCAUCAAAAAAUUCCUUAAAAUAAACAUCUAGCAGAUGAAAUUGACAUUAGUGUGGGUCAUUAUAUAUUCUCAUGAGUUAAAUAUCUAAAGUUUAAAAUUUGGUAAAUAAAGAACUCAGCUCCCAGAAAGUUUCUGAUUAUUGGGGCUUUUUGUAACUAGCUAUUCAACCUCGGAUUGUAAAAGGCUUGUGGAUAUUUCUUGAAUUUCUAAAAACCUUUCCAAUCAUCUUGUAAAGGAAAUUUAUGCAAUAUUCUUGUCUCUGGGUAACCUUAUCUAGUUUUCUAAUGACUUUUUAAAACAGUUGGAAAAUACCUUAGAUAAAAUUGAAGAGACGGAGUUGAUUUGUCAUUCAGUGAUUAUACUCACGGUUGUCGACGUCAUACCAUUAGUCUACGACUACUAUGGAAAUCAGGCUUGGAAAUACUUGGGUGCAUUAGGUUUUAUCGGAAGAUAAAAUUAUCAAUAUCUGUUUGAAAAAUCACAGAAUACUGAUCUUCCUUUGAAUGACUACAUACAUAACAUCUAGUUCUACCACUUUAUAUUUCGAAUGUGUUUUCUUCAUUUUAGAUUCAAGAUUGGUGUCCUAAAUGUAAUUCAUCAUAUCAGAUUUUGUUAUGUUGUUGAGCAAUUCCAGUAUUUAUUUUUAUUUUUCUCAGUUUUUGAUGGAGGGAGAAAAUGCUUUGCUUCAGUUGUUUUUUUAAUAUCAUCAAAAAAAUUUGUAGUUGCUGUGCUUUUAUUACACAUUUUCAAAACUGUUUUCUUUAUAUCUGCGCAUUGUGUGAUAUAGCUUCUCCUAGAAAUGAGGACAGUACUGGAUUACCUCCCUUUGUAUAUUUAGUUACAGGUACAUGCUCGGCCAAUCUUCUCCAAAUUUGACAAUAAUUAUAUAUUACUUUUUUAUAACGCCGAAAUUUUUUUGUUUUUGAUUUUGUUUUUAAAAGACUUUAUUUAUGUAUUGAAGCCUCAAAACAGGUACUAUUGUAAAUUCAUCUGAUGUCUUAAAUAACGGCUUAAUCAGCAUGGGUUGUUCGUUGCAUUUGAAAAUACUUCAAGAAAGAUCUAGUAAGUUAUUGGGGAAAUUGACCUUGGGUGUAGGAACCUAUAUUAUUAAUUGUUCUUAAAAGAGUUUUAAAAAUAAUUCUGAUCAAACCAAAAUUUAAUAAAUCUCACUUUGUGAUAAGUUCGUCAAAAUCUGUUUAAAAUAAUUAAUACUGUAACAUAUUUCGCAUAUUUAUGAUUUGAAAGAUGGAUUUUUUUUCAAUGUCAAAACCAAGGUAACAUUUCUGCGAUAAAGGGAGGUAAUCUGGUAAAGCAAAUUAUUCACCCCUGAAAUUCUGUAAUGAACUGUUCCAUCCUUUGAAUUGG